AGGUUAUGGCUCAGUGGUCAGCAGUGUUGCUUAUAUCAAUAUGUUGUUUCCAGUUGCUUUGCUUCACAGGAUUUCUUAGUUGAGGAUCAUUUUUCAAUUUUUGAUGUGAAUCGCCUCUCUGUGUUUUACUGGUUUAUUCCAAGAUGCCCAAAGUUGUGGUGUUACCUGAACAGGUGUUCAGGUGUUAUGCAUGGUGGGGUCAUUGUAGGCCAAACACAGUCAAGGCCUGUCACAUUUCAGUGUUCAUGCUGUGUGUAUAGCUGUUAUAAGCUAAAUGCUCUGUAUGAUAAAGCAUGUGAAAAACAAACAAACAAACAAACAAAACACAUUUAUUAGACAUAAAAUGGAGAUAAGCAAAUAGUCCAGGUGGUGGUGCAAAAGCUGAUGCUUAAAUCGAGGCACCACCACCUGGCAACGUAAACAGAAUAAAUGAAUAUGGUACAAUCCAGGGCCGCGGAGAGUCAGGUCGGCUGCCGCGACAGUUGGCAUUGAUAAGCGGUGAUAGCGGGCCGGCGCCAGUCCACCGAGACGGGGCUAUGUCAGUCUGGAGGUGUUUUUGAGGAAGGAUUGAAAGCUAUAUGGGUUGAGCAAGUCAGGUUGUGGAACAACAGCCAUGAAGCUGACGGAAGACAUGGUGGUAGCAAGGAGUCGUGGAGCUGAGCUCAACAGCAUCAGGAAGCUCAACUGCUGGGGAAGUGAGAUAUCAGAUGUCGCAGUUGUUAGGAAGCUCCCAAAUAUUGAAGUUCUAGCCCUCAGUGUCAACAACAUCAGCACAUUGGCUGACUUUCAGCAUUGCCAGAACCUAUCAGAGCUCUACAUUCGACAGAACAACAUUCAGGACCUUAAUGAGGUCGUCUACCUGAAGGAGCUCCCCAAGCUGAAGGCGCUCUGGCUGGCGGACAACCCGUGCGCCAAGCGCGAGGGCUACCGUCUGGCGAUCCUGCGCGCGCUGCCGCACCUGCAGAAGCUGGACAACGCGCCUGUCGAGAGUGAGGAGGUGCACCAGGCCAUGAUCCACGGCGAGGACCUGGUCCACCCGCAGGAUGCUAUGGAGAUGCAGCGUCAGCGGCAGCAGCAGCAGUACCGUCGCCAGGAGUCGGAUUCGCGCCGCUCCAGCCACGCCAGCAGCUACGGAUACCAGCAGCAGCAGCAGCCGUCCAAGAGUUACAGCGACGACCCGGAGCCGCCGCCGGUUCAGCAGAGAGCCCGCUCGCCCGACUACUACCCUCCGCAGCAGCAGUCGCAGCAGCAGCACAGCUACUCGCAGCAGCCGCCGUACCGGGAGAGUUCGCCGCCGUACUACGAGGCGUCUCCGUCGUCGGGCUCGGCACCGGCGCCGUCCCAGUACUACGAGGACAGCCGGUCGCCGAGCGAUGCUCCGUCGCAGCGCAACAGCUUCAGCAGCUACCGCGAGCCGCCGAGUGGCUAUCGGGAGAGCGGCUACCGGGAGGAGGCGCCGCCGCCGCGCGCACGCCGCUCCGUCGUCAGUCCAGAGAGACAGUACACGCCUGCCAGUGACGGAGACGGGUAUCGGGGCGGCGCCGACCCGCCGGCCUCCAGUCGCUCCGAGGCGUACAGUGAACACAGCCACAGCUCGCUGAGGCAGUACGAGGCUGCCCGGCCCAAACGCAAGAGUCCGAACGUGCUGUCGGCGGUGCUGUGUUUGAUCAAGGAACUGGACCUGCACGGCCUGGAGGUGGUGGAUACGGCUGUCCGCUGCCGCAUCCAGGAGCUCGAGGACUGAGCGGGGCCGUCCGCUAACGGAGCUGGCACCGUCUCGGUCUCCACCUGCCCGCACAGCAGCCACAGUAGCGCGCGGUAACCUGUAACCUGCUGUCACCCUUCCUAGUCACCCUGCCCUUCCUUAUCAGCGCGGAUCGUGCACAAAGCUCAACACCCCCUAUCUGCGGACGUCCUGUCUGUCUGUCUGGUCUGCCCUCGGUCCUGACCCCGCCAUCGCCAGCUGUAUCCUCGCCACCCCCAGCUGUACCCUCCCCGGUCCAACUGCAGCUGCUGUCUGUACUGCACAAUUUUCUCUUCCGGCCGGCCCCGCUACUUAGCCAGUCAAUGGCCCCUGUCAGGCGCACGUACUUGUGAGCGAUGUCGGCCCGUGGCCCCGUAUCCGCUCCGUUUACGGCGCUCGCACGGACGGACUGUCUGCCGGCCCCGCGGCCAUCAGCAGAUGGGCCCUGUCCGGCACCGCCCGACCCGUGGUGGCUCCGUGGAUUUCCUGUGUUCGGCCGAUGUUUCUCCCCUGUGACACAGGGUCGUAGCCGCGUCUCAGGCCCGGAACGCCCCUGAUGCCCCCCAGUGAUCAGGUCGCGGGGUUCGAGCGGGACGUCGAAGUCACUUCGAAGCUGAUUUGAUCACAGAUCUGUUUGCGCCGUCCAGCUAAAGACACGCGUUACUCAUAGGCACCGUGCGGGGUAAAGACGAUGGUCAGGCCAAGCCGCUUUGCAAUUGGUUGCUUUUGGAGUUUGAAUGGCAAUCGGAGUGCAGUAUUUUCAGAUAGGAGAACGACCGUGAUUUCCAAGAUGAUUUGGAACAUGAGAUUAUUGAAGCAGUGGCAUGGGAACCCUGGACAGUACCUAUUUGUUACGACCAACGGUCUGUAUCGUUGAAGGAUGGAUAGAUUUAUGAGGGUAAGGAGUAAGGAGCAUCGCUAGCAACAUUAGCACCCGUCACCGAACUGAUAUUUAAUUGUAGUUAGCGCGGUCGUCCGAUGGACGGGUACGACGGGUGGGCGGCGGCACUAAGACUACUAUAAUUCAGGUGGCCGGAGGCCGGCAGUGUCCGGCGCCAAUAUCCGGUUACCUGGGGCGCACACAGACGGAUGGCCGUCUAUCCGCGCGGCGCGGCAAUCGGCCCCGUCCAGCGGCGCCGCCGUCCGUCUCCGUCACCAAUCUGACGCGGCAGUCGGCCGGCGGCGGCGCGCCGCAUCUGUACACGUAACGAGAGCUCACGAAUCGCACCGCGCACCGUCGGCCGCGAUCUAACCAACGGCGCUCACAACACACGCUGGGUCCAAGGCUUUAGUAAGAUACGUUGUUUUAGAUUUGCGUUAAGUAUAGGAUUUCUGGGAAAUCCGUUCGUCUAUAAGUUGCGUGAGCAUAAUAGAGAGAUCGGUUUAACGUUGACCGUCGCGGGUAACUGCGAAUAUGAUGGCCCAAUUGUAACGCUUGAGACUCAAAACAACGCUCAAACGGUUGCGGCCGCGGCCGAGCACAUGCUACUGUACUGGUUCUUUGUGCGGGUUUUGUCGGAGCGAUUCACGACGGAUAAUGUGAUUUCACCAAUCCUGUGUGGCUGCCUGUGCGCCUGUUAUUGUAGCACUGCCCGAGAAUCUCUUGUUCUCAAUGUAAUGUGUUAUGCGCUCUGUUCGCUUCAUCUGUGUCAGAUCUGAAGUAUUUUGUCGCUCAUCACAUUCUGUGUCCCAUAUCGGCUUCAAGGCGUUUGGCUGAACGCUUGGUUUCGGCCUACUUUGACGCCCAUCUAAGAAUAGUGUGUCCGGACGUGAUCGUACCGAGAUGAAGAUGAGGUUUUCGUGUAACGAAAUCUCUCGGCCUGCGAGAACCAUGUACUCAUGUGAGCAGCCCGGCCCGCCCAGCCCGCUGUCGUGUUGUAACACCGGCUGGGGUCGGCGGCGGCAGCGGCGCGGUCCGGCCGGCCAGCGCCAGGCGCCGCGCCGCCCGCCUCGUAUGUGAUAAGAUGCUGGCGUAAUUCACACUUGUUUUAGUUUUGUAAUAAAUCUACUUGUCGGA